CGGCGGGGGGGAAAAAAAGCGCGUGGGCGUGGACACGAACACUUCAGCGUUCAAACGAGGUAGGAGUGGAGAUCAGCAUCUCGUUUUCUUCCUGAGAGCAGCACUUUGUCAAGCGGUGUUGCUUAACUUGAACACAAGAAUAAAGCAGCUCAAUCCGCUCCUGAAAUAAAACACCCCUGAUUAGUGUUAUGGCAAGAGGAGAGGGAGCCGAACAGUUCUCAUCCGGUUUGUUACAUACAGCCAAAACUGCGAAUCAAGAUGGAAUCAAAAUUGUUAAGCUUCCCCCACAGCAGGAGAGGAAAAGAGCUCUGACUGUGUGGAGCAAGGUGUGUUUUGCAAUCGGAGGGGCUCCGUAUCAGAUCACAGCCACCGCCCUGGGCUUCUUUCUGCAAAUGUUUUUGCUUGAUGUGGCACUGGUGAGCCCCCUCAAUGCUUCUGUGAUCCUGUUUGUGGGUCGAGCCUGGGAUGCCGUGACUGAUCCUACAGUUGGGUUUUUCGUAAGCAGAAGCCCAUGGACACGGCACGGACGUAUGAUGCCCUGGAUUCUGUUGUCGACCAUACCAGCUGUGUUGUGUUAUAUCCUAAUAUGGGUAGUUCCACCUAUAGAGCAGGGAAAGAUGAUGUGGUAUCUGCUCUUCUACUGUCUCUUCCAGACUCUCCAGACAUGCUUUCAUGUGCCUUACUCCUCUCUGACCAUGUUUAUCAGCAACAAACAGCAGGAACGAGAUUCAGCUACAGCGUACCGCAUGACUGUAGAGGUGUUGGGUACAGUAAUUGGCACUGGCGUUCAGGGGCAGAUUGUAGGCAUGGCCAACACCCCCUGCAUUAACGACACAUCAGUGACCAACAGCUACAACAACUCUGUGCAUGACAAUAUUACUCAGGUCUUACUGGAUAAAGUAUUUAAAGAGAGGCGUGCAUAUGUGUUUGCAUCUGUAGUCAUAAGUUUGAUCUACAUCCUGUGUGCUGUUGUGCUGUUCUUAGGAGUGAGAGAGCAGGACAAUCAGGGAGGUUUAAAAGCACAGAAGCGUGUGUCAUUUCAGACCGGUUUGAGGCUGGUGAUGGGUCAUGGGCCAUAUGUUAAACUGGUGCUGGCUUUCCUAUUCACUUCAUUGGCCUUCAUGCUGCUGGAGGGAAAUUUUGCCGUGUUUAUCAAGUACACGCUGGGAUUCAGAGAGGAUUUUCAGAACAUCUUACUGGUCAUCAUGCUGUCUGCGGCUCUUACCAUUCCCCUGUGGCAGUGGUUUCUCUGCAGGUUUGGCAAAAAGACUGCUGUGUACAUUGGCAUACCGUGGGCAGUGCCAUUCAUGAUCCUCGUGGUGUGUGUAAAGAGUAGUCUCCUCGUGUCCUAUAUUGUAUCAGUCGCUGCUGGUGCUAGUGUGGCAGCGGCCUUCCUUCUGCCCUGGUCCAUGCUUCCAGAUGUUGUAGAUGAUUUUAAAGUCCAGAAUCCCACGUCUCAAGGCCAUGAAGCUAUUUUCUACUCUUUCUAUGUUUUUUUUACUAAAUUCGCCUCUGGUGUGUCAGCUUGCGUAUCAACACUAGCAUUAAGCUUUGCGGGUUAUGUAACGAGGGGUUGUGUUCAGCCUGAUUCUGUGCAUCUGACGUUGAAGAUUCUGGUGUCUGCUGCUCCUGUUUCACUUAUAGCACUGGGGCUUCUUAUCUUUAAAACCUAUCCCAUUAAUGAAGAACGCAGGCAGUACAACAACAAACAGCUGCAGCUGCUACUGCGGAACGAAGAACAAGAGUCGGAGAUGGAGGCCUUGAAGCCUGACCUCACAGCCUGAAGCAUCAGCUCUGACCUACAGAGGGCGCCAAAAUACACCUUUACCACUGCAAUGAGGAAAUCAGCUGGACUUUCCUCACUCAGUUGGUUAACCGGACCAAUGAAGGAUGACGAACCUUAAAGAAAAUCUGCACUACUGUUAUCAAAGCUACAUAUGUAUACAACAAACUAACUACAAUAUCCUGCUUGCUGCUUUCAGUUACAAUUACAUCUCUCCCUGAGAGAGAACAAAGGGAGAUUUUUAUGAUUAAUAUGAGGUUCAAAUCUACCAUCUACCAAUAUAUCGUAUUUUGUUGCAUCUCUUUGUUCAUUUGAGAUGAUGGAUUCAUAUAUUUUGGUUUCUGAAUGUUGAGGAUGUGUUGAGGUGCAUUUGUUUGAGGACAUGUUUUCUCAUUGUGGUGAAGAAUUGUUGGCUUGUUUUUGCACUUGGGGUGAAAAUAUUUGAAGGGACAGGAUUUUUUUCCCCGUUUCUUUAAAGGUGACGUGAAAUCAU